AUGGGCCUCCACAGUGAUCCAUUGGACCAGGAAGACCAGGAUGCUAUUAUUCUAGAUGCUAGAAGCGGGGAUCUCGAGUCCUUACAGGACAUUUUCUCAAAUUUGGUAGAUCGCAAGCUGGCGGUGACAUGCAGCGAUGCCGAUACAAAAAGCACACCGCUUCAUAUGGCUGCUGCCAAUGGCCAUGCAGAGGUCAUCGCGUAUCUGGCAUCGCUGGUAGAAGACGCCCAGGAGCGUACCAAAUGGGUCAACACACGCAAUGCCACGGGCAAUACCGCGUUGCAUUGGGCAUCUUUGAAUGGGAAGCUGGAUUGUGUGAAGCUGCUGUGCGACAAGCUUGGAGCCGACCCGUUUGUGCGGAACGAUUUCGACCACGACGCGAUCUUCGAAGCCGAACGAAGCGGCCAUGAGGACGUCGAAACGUACUAUCUCCAGAAAUACGACGUGGAGCCCGAUUCCGAGCCCCAGGAGGGCGCCACGGCAGAUACCGUGCAGUACAAACAGGGUACGGAAAUCGAGCAGGUCACUAAGGACGCUGCUGAGCUUCUGAGGGGUAAAACUGAGGCGUUGAGCCUAAGCGAGAAACAGAAUAAGUCCGAGACGGAGACACAAUAA